AGAGAUGUGAAAGAUUCCUCUUAAUUUGUCCAUUUCCUCAUAUAACAUACUUCUGGGGCCAAAAGAAUUUUCCCUUUCUCACUUUUGAGUGAGUGAAAGAUGUAAAGAAAUGCUAAAGUUUUAAAGCUCAUCCUAUAGUUACAAGUUGGAAACUUUGUACAGUUUUAUUACACAUUGACUACCUGUUUUGGGGUUUGGUACUACUGUUUUUCUGUCAAUUAAUCCCAAAUGAAACUACAAUGAGAACUUGAUCUCUCAAUCAAGCCACCCCCUUUCAGUCUCACUGCAGCUAGUUGUGGUUUCCCUCCAAAGGAUCCAGAAGCUUUUCUCCCCUGACUCUCACAUCAUUAAGAUGACUGUCUGAGUAGAAAAGUGACACUGUGAUGCACCUAGGGAAGCAAAAUAUCCUAAUCAACAUUUCUCAAAUUUGAAAAAUGCACUAGUCCAUUGACACUUUUUAAGAACUUCAGGGUUUUUAUUAUAUUACUGAAAUGUGUACAAACAAAAAACUAAACCUAUAGCUAAUAUAGAACUAUAAAACUUACCGUGUGCUGUUCUGCUGAAUCUAAGUCACUGCUGAUUACAUGAGCAGCAUUAGGACAAUGGCAGUGGUGGGAUGGUGAGGGUGUCUGUGCCACUGUGUACUGAGAAAUGAUACCAGUCUCUCCCAUCUUCACCUUAGUGAGACUGCUGCAGGCCACUGUGCCUUCAGGAUGCUGUGAUGUCAUUUGGCCUCAGCUAGAACCAAAUACAAUUAUGAAGUCUGUUCUCUGCUUAAUUAGCUUGUGACAGUUAAAAGUAUUACCACGUGGAGUCAAUGCAAUGAAUUCUGAAGCAACACUUGGUUAGAAGCUAAUGCUGUUUUGUUUUUAUAAGGUUAUGGCCGAAAUAAAAACAUUUAGACAUUGUCAGGCUUCAGAGACUGGCAGAAACACUGUCCUGGUGGGUAAGAGAGGCCCACUCAGGAGCUCUGCUGUUCCAGCUCUACUUGUGGGACAGUGAGCCAGCCACUGGGAUCUCCAAAUGUCCAUUUUCUCACCUCUAACGCAGAAGGUAAUGGUACCUCCCUUGUGGAGCUGUUGUGAGAAUAAAGUCAGAUGCUAGUAAAUCUCUUAGCUCAGUGCCGACCAUGAGGUCACUGGGUGUUCAAUGAGCCUUUUUCCCCUUGUAGGUGCCAAAGAAGUCAUAGAUAAAAGAAAGUCCAAGGGUUUGAACAAUAUAAUAGUCUUUAAGGGGUUUCGUGAGAUGGAAGGGAGCAGAAUGAGGACUAUCAGUGGAGGGGUUUGACCACUGUCUUUUGCUCACUCUCUUCAUCCAUUUAACUUCUGCACACACUUCCAUGCUGUGCUUCGCCCUCUAAACUGUAGCACUGGACAGAAAGUCCACUAAAACAGGUGCUGCCCCAUGUCUUAUAGGAACAAUAGGUAUCAUCUAGCAAUUUGAUAUGAGAAAAAGAUCUCCUCGCCAACUUCUGUUUUUAUAAUCAGAUGACUAUAAAUAAACUUAUUCAAUGUUUAUCCCUAAGAAGCAAGAAAACUGAAAAAUGGCAGCCAAAAGGAAGGAUGGAAAUACCUCCUCUGAAUUAGUAGAUUCUACCUAGCACCCAUGAAGUAAGGCACUGAGUUUUUGAGGUGAAAGCGGAAACUUCCUGUGAGCCAAACAUGGGGUUAUCAUGCCAGUUCUAUUAUGGAAUAUCUGUGUGUGGCCCUGAAACUGGCCUAAGUGUGACUUGCAGGGUUAAUAAUUACCCUGGCAGUGAUCUACACUACUUGGUUCCACCGGGCUGCAGGUAGUUCACCUGCAGAGAAGUCUCCAGGAACCAGCAUGUUCCCUUUGCUCGUUGGGCCUGGACUGGUGGUUCUGACCCUAGUGACCUCUGCUAGGAGCCUGAAGACCGAACCCCUUAGUGGCUCUGGGGAGCCGCUCUUCUGGGGAGCGGACCGAAAUGACUUUGCAGUCAUGAUCCCUCCAGGAGGCACAGAAUGCUUCUGGCAAUUUGCCCACCAGACUGGAUACUUCUAUUUCAGUUAUGAGGUUCAGCGGACAGUAGGAAUGUCACAUGACCGGCAUGUUGCUGCCACUGCACAUACCCCCCAAGGUUUCCUCAUAGAAACCUCUCAGAAUGUUCGGGGCCAGAUUAACUUCUCCACCCAAGAAACAGGUUUUUAUCAACUUUGUCUAAAAAAUCAGCAAAAUCACUUUGGUUCUGUGCAAGUGUACCUCAAUUUUGGAGUCUUCUAUGAGGGGCCGGAAAUGGCCCACAAACAGAAGAAUGAAAGAGCACAACUGAAUGAUACUCUGGACGCAAUUGAGGAAAGUACACGAAAGGUACAGAACAACAUCUUUCACAUGUGGCGAUAUUAUAACUUUGCCCGCAUGAGGAAAAUGGCUGACUUUUUCCUUCUCCAGUCAAACUAUAACUAUGUGAACUGGUGGUCAGCAGCCCAGAGCCUUGUUAUUGUUCUCUCUGGAAUCAUGCAGCUGUAUUUCUUGAAGCGUCUCUUCAAUGUCCCAACGACUACAGACACAAAGAAGCCAAGAUGCUAA